AUGACUCUGCCCAAGAUCGCGCGGAGAGACACGCUGACACACUGGGCAGCACGCCGCGACUGGGUCACCAACGGCAGGCCCAACUUUGCCAAGCUCCGGGAGCUGUACGGGGAAUGCCAGGUACCGGUGGCCGAAAGCGACACCGCGUAUUUCUCGGACCAGAAACGGACCACAAUGCGGUUCAGCGAAUUCCUGGACGCGUGGCAAACCGAGCCUGAGCGCAAGCUGUACUGCAAGGACUGGCAUUUUGUGCAGGCCAACCCGCAGUACCGGGCGUACGAUGUCCUGCCGCACUUGUCGGACGACUGGAUCAACCUGUUCUACGACGACCACCCAGAGUUCUCGGACGACUACCGGUUCAGCUACAUGGGCGGUGAGGGCUCAUGGACGCCGUUCCACGAAGACGUGUACAGGUCGUACUCGUGGAGCGCCAACAUCUGCGGGGAGAAGCACUGGCUGUUUGUGCCGCCAGGCCAGACCCAUCUGUUCACCGAUGCGUGCGGCAACUGGAUCUACAAUCUGCUGGACUACGACACGAAGCAGUUCCCCCAUGCCCACAAGCUCCAGAUCAUCGAGGCCGUGCAGAGACCGGGCGAGACGGUGUUUGUGCCGUCUGGCUGGUGGCACCAGGUGCGCAAUGUUGGCGACACAAUUUCGAUCAACCACAACUGGGCCAACGAGUUCAACAUCCUACACAUGUACCAGCGGCUGCGCAGCGACCUCGACAGCGUCCUGCAUGCGCUGCGGGACGUGGCAGAUAUGGAUGGGUUCGAUGAGCAUGCGCAGGUGGUGCUGCGCGCCGACAGCGGCACAGACUACUCGAGGUUCUUUCGGUUCGUGGAGCACAUUGCCAAGGCGUACCUGGAGCACCGGAUAGUCGGUGGGUUCGACGGGUACUUUACGUCCACAGCCGGCGUGGUGCGCGCCCUGGAGCGGAUCGCAGCGGUGUUGGGGCUGCUCUCAGAUGAUCGGGCCACUGUGGGAAUCCAGGGGUUGCGUGACGAAAUUGCGAGGCUGGAGGAAUCGGUCCGCGAGUGUCUGAGGUAG